UGGCAAUCGUUGCACGUUCAACAGUCUUCAACACUUGCCUUCGCGCUGAAACAAUUCCACAAUGUCAUCUCUGGCAGGUGCUCUUGGUCAACCAAUACACCAGAGUACUAGUUACAGCUCCGUAUAUGGUUUGUCUGCGCGGCCAGAGGACGUAGAAAUGAGCCCUCCGGAUUCCGAGACCAGAGAUAGCCCCAAGGAGGAGGAUAGCGAAGCGCACGUCGCUGGCGGUGGCGAAGGGAUGGAUGACCUAUUUGGAAACGAGGCGGAAGAAACACGACCCGGGCGGGAGAUCAAAUCCGAAAGCAUUCUUACUGGAACACCGGCGGCGGAAUCGGGGUACGAAUCAGACAACCUUUCCCAGGCCGAGCGGGAACGACGGAGAGCCUUGGAAUAUGCUGAGCCGGAGGAACCUGGCGGCGUCGCCGCCCCUCCUGCUCAAGAGUUUAAUGUCAACAUUCCCAACAUCCCCAUCCCACGUAGCAGCGAUGGCCAAUAUUGGGUCAUACGCAUGCCUAAUUUUGUCAAGGUCGACUCAAAACCAUUCCACCCCGACACAUACGUCGGUCCUGAACAAGAAGACGAUGAGAUCUCCCAGAACGAAAGUGUUCGUGAGAAAAGUAUGACUAUCAAGCUUAAAGUCGAAAAUACCGUCCGCUGGAGGUGGAUAAAGGAUGAGUUCGACCAAGACAAGAGACAGUCUAAUGGACGGAUCAUCCGGUGGUCAGACGGCAGUUUAAGUUUGCGACUUGGCAAGGAAUUAUUUGACAUCAACCAAACCUACGAAACGUCUAGCAGCUUGCUAGGUAAACCAACUGCGGGGUCCCAGCCACCCGCAUCACAAACCAGUCCAUCGGCAUCACAACAGACGCUCGCGGCGUCGAAGCCCCAGGCCCAGGGCCUAACUUAUCUCGUUGCACAGCACAAGCGAUCAGAAGUCCUUCAGGCAGAAGCGGCGGUCACCGGGUACAUGUCGUUGCGGCCAACGGGCAUGCAGUCCGAGACCCACCGCAUGUUGGUGCGUGCCGUCGGACAAAAACACAAUAAGAUCGCCCGUUUGCGUAUGGCUCCUGAUCCAACGAGGGACCCUGAACGGGAGAAAAUGGAGUUGAUGAAACUUUCCGCCAAGAAAUCCAAAAAGAAAACUGAGGAAGGAGAAUUUUCAACUCGCAGAAAAAGGACAGGUCAUUCAAGGAAACGCGCUAAUACAGAUGUCUGGUCGGAUGACGAAGAGGAACCCGACUACGAGGGGUCUGAUGCCGAUGACGACAUGGGAGGUUCAAGUUCCGCCAAACGCAAGAUGUUACAGGAAAAACGGAAAGGUCCAGGAGAAUAUCAAGAGGAUGAUUUUGUUGUGGCAGAUGAGUCAGACGAGGACGGCGAAUUUGGGGGAGGGACAUCAGACAAGAAACGUCGCCAUCGCGACGAGGAGGAAGAGGAUCCACUGGAUAAGCUUGAUGCAAAGAUUAGUCAAUUAGAGGAUGAGAGAAAACGGAAGAACCAAGAUUCUGGAGGUGAGGUGGACGAUGCCGAUCAAGACAUGGAUGUAGAAAGCGAAGAAGACGAAGAAGAACACAGAGUACGAAAGGCUGGCCUUGGAGCACGGAAAAAGAGAGCAAUAGCUUUCGAUGAAGAGGAGGAAUAAGACACCGUUCGUUAGCGUCAUGUCUCCUGGUGCUACUUACUACAUCUGCAAAACUACCCGAGGGAGUGAGCAGGUUAUACCUGCCUCCGUUUGGAAGUGACUUGUCGUAAGACUCGCUAAGAC